CUUUUCUGAUUGGUAGAUUUUCUGCCAUACGUAACAAUUUCCUUGUUUUGUAACUCAAACAACGUGCCUGUUACCAAACUGAAGUAUUGUCAGGAAAUCAAGUAGAGGUGGACCAGGUUGUGCUUUCUGAAUCCAGAGCGUAACUGCAGUCCCCCCGCGUGCUGUGCUUUGAACCCACAGGUGUGCAUACAUGGCUCACGUGUGCAUUCACUGGUUCCGUAAGGGACUCCGGUUGCACGACAACCCAGCACUGAUAGCAGCUCUCAGAGACUGCAAGGAGCUGUAUCCUCUCUUCAUCCUGGACCCUUACCUCCAUGACAACAGCCGGGUGGGCAUCAACCGCUGGAGGUUCCUCAUCAGUUCUCUCCAAGACCUGGACAGCAGCCUGAGGAAGCUGAACUCAAGACUCUUUGUUGUCAAAGGAAAGCCAGAAGAAGUUCUUCCCAAACUGUUCACAAAGUGGAAUGUCACAAAGCUGACCUACGAGUACGACACGGAGCCGUACAGUCUGAGCAGAGACAAAAACGUGACCACGCUGGCCGAGGAGCGGGGAAUUCAAGUCAUCUACAAAAUCUCCCACACUCUUUACGAUAUAGACAGGAUUAUUGUGGAAAACAAUGGGAAGCCUCCUCUCACUUAUAAUCGUUUACGAGACAUUGUAAGAGCUCUGGGUUCUCCAAAGAAACCGAUUCCUGCUCCAACUCUGGAGGACAUGAAAAAUGUAGCUUCUUUCUCAGAGAAACACAAACAGGAAUAUGGGAUUCCUUCACUGGAGGAGCUGGGUCUGGACACCUCCUCGCUUACAGAGGAGAUUUUUCCAGGAGGAGAACAGGAGGCCCUUAGGAGGCUGGAUAAAUACAUGCAAAGAACAGGGUGGGUUUGCAGUUUUGAGAAGCCGAACACCUCUCCAAACUCUCUGAGCCCCAGCACCACUGUCCUCAGUCCGUAUGUGACUUUUGGCUGUCUGUCAGCGAGAACCUUCUGGUGGAGACUGGCAGAAGUCUACCAAGGAAGAAAGCACUCGGAUCCUCCAGUUUCUCUCCACGGUCAGCUUCUCUGGAGAGAGUUUUUCUACACUGCAAGCGUUGGAAUUCCAAACUUCAACAAGAUGCAGGGCAACUCUGUUUGUACUCAGGUGGACUGGGAUGAAAACCAGGAGUAUCUCGCUGCUUGGAGAGAGGCUCGGACCGGCUUCCCCUUCAUUGAUGCCAUCAUGACUCAGCUGAGACAAGAAGGAUGGAUUCACCAUCUGGCCAGACACGCCGUUGCCUGUUUCCUCACCAGGGGCGACCUGUGGAUCAGCUGGGAAGAGGGACAGAAGGUUUUCGAGGAGCUCCUGUUGGAUGGAGAUUGGGCUCUAAAUGCUGGGAACUGGCAGUGGCUGUCAGCCAGCACCUUCUUCCACCAGUUUUUCCGGGUUUAUUCCCCUGUCGCCUUCGGCAAGAAGACAGACAAAAAUGGCGACUACAUCAAAAAGUACCUUCCCAUUCUCAAGAAGUUUCCGCCACAAUACAUCUAUGAGCCUUGGAAAGCUCCACGCAGUGUCCAGCAGGCGGCAGGAUGCAUUGUGGGUAAAGACUACCCAAAGCCCAUUGUAGAGCACGAGGUGAUUAGUAAGAAGAACAUUCAGAGGAUGAAGCAGGCGUAUGCCAGGAGAUCUUCAGCUAGCAGUGAGUCUCCAACCAAAAAACAAGGUUUGAAGCGCAAAGCUCCAACUGUUGUCGACUUGAUGCAGAAGAAACAAAAGAAGAGCUAAACACAUAAUAUUAAUACAGUUCAAUGUUCAAGUGAGAUCGACCAGUAACUCCAUUCUAUUGUUUUUUCUAAGUCAUUUGAAGGUUAUGGGGUUCUUUAAAUACUGAAACUAUCGAUUUUACGAUUUUCUUUUAUACACAUUUUUACUUUUGUUUACUCUUUGUACUUUAGUUUACUGCUGAAAGCAAAAAGUUAGGAUAUCUUACAACUGUUAUUUAUGCCAGAUGUUACUUUGAUGUUGUUUAUUUCAUCUUGCAAUAAAUAUUUACUUCUUGUUUUUUCCCCAAA